UCUGCUGCUUUAGCAAUGUUCACAUACUUCUCUUGGCUUAAGACAAGAAACCAGUUUUACCUCUGUGCUUUUGCCUUCAGACCAUGCCUGAGUGAGUGUCGUUUGUGGUGGCCUAGGAUACGUCUGUCUCAGGCUUCCUCUGCAAGAAGGGUAAAGUCUCCCUUUGACAAAGAGGGUCCCACACCCCCUUGUUUGAAGGACCAGCAAUGCACGAAGCUCCGUCUGCCUUCCCCCCCUCCCUUAAUCUGUCUGGAGCGUGGGCUGCCUGCAAACUCCUCUGCGCUGCAGCGCGUGACGCCCCCCUGGGCCCCUUCUCUGCUUUCUCAGUGGCUACGAAGCCGAAGCUGUGCCGAGGUCAGCAGGGCACAAAGCUGCUGGUGGGGGCUCUCCCUGACCCCCCCAGCCCUGUGUCUGCCGUGCCCGCUGCGGGCAGCCCGCCUCUGCCAGCCUGUACAGACCUGCAGGCAGCAUCGCCAGCCCCGCCAGGCGGCAAACACACCCAAGAGGGUGUGUGAGCAGGCAGCAGUUCAGCACACUGCUGCGCAGGGACGCCCAGCCCUGGUGCUCACCUGGCCUGCCAGCGUCCCAGCUGCUGGAACACAACGUCUGCAGGACGCAGGAAGCCUGACCUUUGGCUUGGGACAGCCCAGAGAUAUGGCAGACCCCGCUGGCUGCUGCCGCCCCUGUGCCACCUGCCUGCUCUGCCUCUACAGCUGCCAGUGGAUCACAGCCAAGAAGGAGAAGAGGAAGGGCCUGAGAACCACCAAGUGUGACUACAGCUGGUUCCUUUCCCUCUUCUGUGUCUUCCUCUUCACACUGGUGUGGCUUUACUUCGCCAUCAUCAUCCUCAAUGAUUUCCACAACUUCAAUGAGUUCAUCUUCAAGCAGACGAAGUUGUGGCUAGACUGGUCCCUGCUCCUGCUGAUAGUUACAACAGUGCUGGUCACCUACUCUGCUGUGCUGCUGGUCCUUGCUUUGUGCUUGCAGCUCUGCGGUCAGCCCUUGAAGCUACACUGGCUGCACAAGACCCUGCUGAUCUUAACUGCCCUGGUGGUGGCUGCAGCCUUCACAGGGCUGGGAAUAAAGUGGGCGGAGGAGUGGAAAAGUGCACGUAUCUCCCUUCAGGCAACAGGUCCCUUCCUGCACUUUGGAAUCGUGGGGGGAAUGACACUCCUUGCCUGGCCCCUGGCCAGCUUCAUCUACCGCACCCGCAACACAGGUCUCAAGGUGUUUCUGCUGCUUGUCUACUGGAUGGUGAUGAUUGCGCUGUAUCUGGUUCCCCUGGGAAUCACCUCCCCUUGCAUCAUGGAGGAGAAUCAGCUUCCCCCCAAGCCAGCCCUGAUUGGCCACCGAGGAGCCCCCAUGCUGGCCCCAGAAAACACCCUCAUGUCACUGCACAAGGCGGUCAACUGUGAUGUGCAAGUCUUUGAGACAGACGUCAUGGUGAGUGCUGAUGGAGUCCCAUUCCUCAUGCAUGAUGAAGAACUCAUCAGGACCACCAACGUGCAGGCUGUAUUCCCUGAGAGGGCUACCUUCAACAGCACCGCCUUUAACUGGACAGACCUCCAGCAGCUGGAUGCUGGUAGCUGGUUCCUGGAGCGGAGGCCAUUUCCCACUGUGCAGACUCUUUCUGCUGAAGAUCACAACGAGGCAACUAAACAGAGGAUCCCAUCCCUGGAACAGGUGCUCAAGGAAGCCAAGCAGAGCAAUAUCUCAAUCAUGUUUGACCUCCGGCCUGAGAACCACAGUGACUACCAGAGUUUUGUCAAUGCUACCCUGCAAGUGAUUUUACAGUCAGGCAUCCCACCGCAGCAGGUCCUCUGGCUGCCGGAUGGGUUCAGGGAACAGGUCAAACAGCAAGCCCCAGGCCUUCAGCAAGUUUAUGGCCGGAAGAGACUCCAGAAUGAGAAGGAGCCACUGUGGCAUGUCAAUCUGCCCUACCAGGACGUGAGCUCUGAAGAGAUCAGGGAGUACCGCCAGGACAACAUCUCUGUCAAUUUGUAUGUGGUGAACCAGCCCUGGCUCUUCUCUGUGCUGUGGUGCUCUGGGGUAAGCUCUGUCACCACCAACGCCUGCCAGGUGCUGAAGGAGAUGAAACACCCUAUCUGGCUGCUCCCCAGAAGCACAUACCUCAUGAUCUGGAUUGUUGUAGACUGCGUUUCCUUCCUUGUCAUUCUCUGGGCCUUCGUCUUGAUGAAGAAAUGCUCCCAGAGAACGCGGUCAGCGGAGUCCGAAACAGAUGUGCUGCUCACAAAGAUCAACAGCUUGAUGCAAGAGUGACCCCUCCAGUCUUCAUCAGCCAUGGGGAGGGACAGACAGAGCCCUGCACAGAUCAAGUGGGAAGCACUCAGGCCAGCUUCAAGGCUCCUUUCCUUUGUAGACUCCUUCUUGAGCUUCGCCGUGGACUUCCUGGCUCCUUGUGUGGUGCACAACUGCCCUCAGCUGAAAAGACCUGGAACUGGGUUCCCAGUUCCCACUGGCAGAAAGGAACUGAAGCCUUUCCAGGGGUUUCCUGAGGCUGGCCUGCGCCUCUGGGCCAAGUCCUUAUCUAUCAGUGCUGGUGCUAAGGCCUCUGCCCUGGGGUUUGGAGAGUGUGGGCAUUUAAGUCCCUGUUCGGUGCAGGGGAAGGGUGGGUACUCUCUGCCCGUCAGCAGCAGCUCUGCAGCUCACAGUGGAAAACCUUGUUUAAAGUGCUGCUGCCCUGCUGCAUGGCUUGAGGAAUAGGAAGUGGGGUGCAGGGGAGGUGGCUUUUCACAAGAUAGAGGGGGGAUCCUGAGCUCUUCCCACCCCAGUGCUGGACACGAGCCCUGUCCCUGUUGCUAGUUUGAUGCUUGCGGGCCAGGGUGCUGGCACCCUGCGCAGCAGUUGGGGCCUGUUGCGUGGGGGGAAGAGGGAGCAGGGGCUGAGGGUGGGAGGGUGUCUGGGGCUGCUGGGACCACGGUCACUCUCUGACGUGGUCUGCAGAGGUGUACGAGGGGAGCGGUGGGACUCUGCAUCGGUCACUUUGCAGCAGGACCUUGAAUUUGGAAAGGGGAAUGGGGGUCGGUUUAA